AUGUCACCAAAUUAUCAAAACUUACAGCCUCAUGCGCGCGAUUCUUUAGAAUUGGCUAGUUUAGCUUCGAGUUCUCCAGGCGCGAGAUCAUCAACAGAUUCAGCUUCCUCGAGUGCCGGCAUAUCCUCCUCGCGAAAGUUAUCCCUCGAAGAAGACGAUCCUUUAGAUGAUCGAAAUCCUGCCGCGAAUGGUCGUCCCGGAGGACAUAGUAGAACAUAUUCCGUCUCAUCCGCCUUUGACUUCUCCUCCAACCUUUUCCCUCUAUCUUCCACCGCAGGAGGUUAUGCGCCUAUUGGAGCCCCUAUAUCUACAUCAAAUGGUCAGGCCGCCUUAGGAGGGGGUUCGUUGGAGAAGCACAAGACUUUGACAUAUCUGAAUGGGUUAUCGUUGAUAGUUGGCUUGAUAAUAGGGUCAGGGAUCUUCUCCUCGCCGAGUCAGGUCAAUGCGAAUGCGGGUUCACCAGGCGCAUCAUUAGUGAUAUGGGCGAUAGCAGGAAUAUUAGCAUGGACAGGAGCUUCGAGUUAUGCGGAGCUGGGAGGAGCAAUACCGUUGAAUGGUGGUGCACAAAUAUAUCUCUCCAAGAUAUUUGGGGAGAUUUUUGGUUUUUUGUUUACAUGGUGUGCGGUCAUCGUUUUAAAGCCUGGAUCUACUGCCAUUGUAUCAAUAAUCAUGGGGGAAUAUUUGGUACGGGCAUUCAUUGGAGCGGAGGCUGAGAGUGUGAAUGUUUGGAUUAAUAAGAGCGUGGCAUUGAUUGGAUUGUUUUUCAUCACUUUUUUGAAUUGUAUAUCUACAAAGUUGGGCACGAGAAUGGGGGAUAUGUUUAUGUUUAUGAAGUUUAUUGCAUUGCUUGGAGUUACGGUCAUUGGUGUUGUAGUAGCCCUGACUGGCUUCUCUACGUCAGGCGAAGCAAAUGAGGAUUGGAAGAAUCAUGGAUGGUUCGAGGGAACUAGUAGUAGCGCUUCAUCAUGGGCUGUGGCACUAUAUGCUGGAUUAUGGGCCUUUGAUGGUUGGGAUAAUACAAAUUAUGUUGUUGGAGAGUUCCGGAAUCCUACUCGGGACCUGCCAAGGGUCAUUCAUACAGCGAUGCCAUUGGUUAUCCUCUCCUAUAUUCUCGCUAAUGUCGCCUAUUUCUUCGUCUUACCUCAGAAAGCUAUCAACUCUUCAAAUACAGUUGCAGUCAUAUUUGGAAACAAGGUAUUUGGUCCUAUUGGAUCAUUAAUACUUGCUCUCAUUGUCAGUGCAAGCUGUUUUGGAGCUCUAAAUGCGACGGCCUUCACUAGCGGGCGACUAGUUUACGCAGCUAGUAAAGAAGGAUAUUUACCUGCCAUGUUUGGCAAGAUUGGUUUCGGGAACCAAACAGAGCCAUCAGCCAACACACUUCGAACACGCAACUGGGCAUCAAAGAAAUUAGCUAGAUUAUUCGGCGAUGAAGACACUGGUCUAUUCUUUACACCCGUUAAUGCCAUGAUCCUCAACGCACUCUUAACAGCCAUCUAUGUCGCCGUCGGUGAAUUCGGUACUCUAGUAACCUUUUACGGAGUUGCCGGAUAUACAUUCUACUUCUUCACAGUCCUAGGAUUAAUCGUCCUUCGCGUCCGCGAACCUAAUCUCGAACGCCCAUAUAAAACUUGGAUCACUACUCCUAUCAUCUUCUGCUGCGUGAGUCUCUUUCUCCUCAGCAGAGCAGUUUUCGCAGAACCUCUUCAAACUGUCAUUGUUAUCGCUUUCGUACUGGCUGGUGUUCCGAUAUAUUAUUGGCGGAUUCGUGGACGAGAUCAAGUUAUUAAGAGAGAGAGGAGUAGUAGUGGGAGUGGGAGGAGUAGUUGGAAGUUUUGGCAACGAAAUUCUUCGUGA